GGAAUUGUGCCGCUGCAACAUCUCCUCUUUCUCCUUUCAAAAGAAAAAUAGCUACAGCCAUCGCUCAACGCUGCAUCUCUUUGCUCUUCGUCUUCUCUGUUGAUCAUGGAUAAAGGCUGGAUGCAUGAACAAAAGUUCUCCAAAAAAUAUGUUGAGGGUGUCCAAUCUUUUAUGCGACUUGUUCGGUCUCACUUUGAUCGAAAAUCUAAAGUUCGAUGCCCAUGCCAAGACUGUUUAAAUGUAAUUUUUCAAACGCAAGAAAUAAUGCAUGACCACCUAUUGAUCCAAGGAAUUAUGGGAACUUACGUGCAAUGGAUACACCAUGGGGAACAAUUACAAAGGAGAGAUAACAGUGAUGCGAUUUACAAUGAAGAUGAAAAUGAAGAACAUGACAACGAUGAUGGAAUUCACACUAUGUUAGAAGAGGCCAGUGGAAGACCGUUUGCCAAUUUUUCAGAGGAGACAACAACUGGUAGUAAUAUAUGUGGUAAUAUGAGUGAGAAGGAAGCUAAAAAGUUUGACAAAUUCUUUGGAAGAAGCUGAACGCGAACUAUACCCAGGAUGUAAGAAAUUCUCGAAGCUUUCGUUUCUUGUGAAGUUGCUACACUUGAAAGUGUACAAUCAAUGGAGUAAUAAAUCGUUUGAUAUGUUGCUGGAGUUACUAAAGGAGGCGUUUCCUAAUGGUGAGACACUUCCUAAGUCAUAUUAUGAUGCUAAAAACAUGCUGCAAGGUUUGGGAUUAGGAUACAUUUCGAUCCAUGCUUGCAAAAAUGAUUGUGUGUUGUACUGGGCUGAACAUAAAGAUAAACAAGAGUGUCCACAUUGUGGUACUUCGAGGUGGAAAAUUGAUAAUGGAAGGAAUAAAAAGAUUCCUCAUAAAGUCUUGCGCUAUUUUCCGUUAAAGCCGAGACUUCAAAGGUUAUUUAUGUCUAAAAAAACAAGUGUGGACAUGAGGUGGCAUAAAGAAAAACAUCUUGAUGAAGAGAAUGUGUUACGGCAUCCCGCUGAUUCUGAAGCGUGGAAAGAGUUUGACAAGAAUCAUAAGUGGUUUGCACAAGAACCUCGUAAUAUAAGACUCGGUCUUGCAACUGAUGGUUUUAAUCCAUUCGGUAACAUGAGCACAUCGUAUAGUAUGUGGCCUGUCAUUCUCGUUCCUUAUAAUCUUCCUCCUUGGAAAUGUUUUAAGGACCCAUUCAUGAUGAUGUCAUUGCUUAUUCCUGGUCCUCAAGCACCUGGAAAGGAUAUUGAUGUUUAUUUGCGUCCUUUGAUUGAUGAUUUGAAAGAGUUAUGGAGUGAUGGUGUAGAGACACUUGAUGCGUCAACUGGGGAGUGCUUUAAGAUGCAUGCCGCUUUUUUAUGGACCAUAAAUGACUUUCCAACUUAUGGGAAAUAGAUACAGAGUUUGAACACAGGACCCCUAGAAACAGGACAGAAAGCCCCAGUUCUAGUACUUCAAUCAUCUUUACAUAGGCACUACAAAGCUAAAACAGCCUAAGGAUAAAAAUUAAACCUCUCACGCUGUUUUGCUAGUCGAGAUGUUGGUGUUCCUCUACAAUGGAUAUCUUGGAUGAUCUGGCCUCACCAAUGUGUCUUCUGUCCUCUUUGUGUUCUGAAAUAGUCUUUUAUUCCUCUCCUGCCAUAGGUAAUUUAUCUGGAUGGAGCACUAAGGGAUACAUGGCAUGUCCUACUUGCAAUAAGGAUGCACCUUCACAGAGGGUAAGAAGUAAAAUCUGUUACAUGGGUCACCGUCGGUAUCUUGAAGCUAGCCACCCAUGGAGAAGAAGCAAGAAAUUUGAUGGGAAGACAGAAAAAAGAAUAAAACCAAAAGAGCUCUCAGGAGAUGAUGUCUUGCAACAAUUGGAUUUACUCAGUACUUAUAAACCAGGAAAACACUCAAAUAAUAAGAAAAAUAAACGUCUUCCUGAAGAGUUGAAUUGGGUGAGGAGAAGUAUUUUAUUUGAGUUACCAUAUUGGAAGAGCUUGAAGUUGCGGCAUAAUUUAGAUGUCAUGCACAUAGAAAAGAACAUUUGUGAGAGUAUUCUGGGGACUUUAUUAAAUAUUGAUGGGAAAACUAAGGACACAUAUAAAGCAAGACAAGAUCUUAAGGAUAUGAACAUAAGAAAAGAACUAUGGUUGCAACAUGAUGGUUCUAGUUGUACAAUGCCAGCUGCUUGUUAUAAUAUGUCAAAAAAAGAGAAAAAAAAAGUUUUGGGCAUUUGUAAAAGAUGUUAAAUUUCCUGAUGGUUAUGCUUCAAAUAUCUCAGGGUGUGUAAGUGAGGAUGAUGGUAAAAUAAGUAGACUCAAAAGUCAUGACUAUCAUGUCCUGUUACAACGAGUGCUACCUAUUGCUAUUCGUGGAUUUGAAAAUAAAAAUGUCUCUUCAUCAUUGAUUGAGUUAGGCGAUUUCUUCCAACGAUUAUGUUGUAAGACAUUGAGACGAGAUGACUUAGAACAACUUGAAAGGGAUAUAAUUGUUAUAUUAUGUAAGCUUGAGAUGAUCUUUCCACCUGCUUUUUUCGAUGUUAUGGUACAUUUGGCUGUGCAUUUACCACGAGAGGCUAUGUAUGGGGGACCAGUACAAUAUCGUUGGAUGUACAAAAUUGAGAGGUUCUUGUGCAAGCUUAAGCGUUAUGUGCGAAACAAGGCACGACCAGAAGGUUCUAUUGCAGAAGGCUAUAUUAUUGAUGAAUGUUUGACAUUUUGCUCUAUGUAUCUUACCGGCAUCGAAACUAGAUUUAAUCGUGAAGAUCGAAAUGAUGAUGGAUCUAGCAAGAAAGAUGAACCUGUUCUAGACAUAUUUUCAAAGAGUGCUAGACCAUUUGGAGAUGGAGAUUAUGAUGCCAUACCAAGGAAAGAUCUUGAUAUGGCUCGGUGGUAUGUGUUGAAUAAUUGCGAAGAAGCAGAAUCUUUUCUUCAAGAGCAUAAAGAAGAGUUGGUGAAACAAGAUGUUGGGAAUAUAGAAGAGAAACACAGAGAACAAUUUCCUUUAUGGUUUAAAAGGAAAAUUUUGAAAUUAUAUAAUAAGGACAAGUCAAUGUCUAUCAAGAAAUUAUAUCCUUUGGCAAUGGAAUCGAUGUGCGUGGAAGAAAACAUCUUUGUCUGUGUUAUAAAUGGUGUUAGGUAUCUUAUUCAACGACGCGAUGAAUUACGUAAAAGUCAGAAUUGUGGUAUAGUUGUUGCAGGCUAUCAUGAAAAUGAGUUGAUUGAUUUUUAUGGUAUUAUAACUGACAUCAUUGAGUUAGAGUAUGUUGAUGAGAAUCGAGUUUUUCUAUUUAAAUGCAAGUGGUUUGAUCUUCGCAAGAAAACAGGGAUGCAAAAAGAUAAACAUUUUACGAGCAUAUGUGUUAAAAGAUUUUGGUAUGAACAUGAUUCUUUCGUACUAGCUACUCAAGCAAAACAAGUAUUUUACAUUGAUGACCCAAAAUUGGGGGAAAAUUGGCGAAUUGUGCUCAAAUUUCAAGAUAGACACUUAUAUGAUGUCCGGAGAAGGAAAAUUCAGAGACAGAAAGUGAUGAGUCGCAUAUUACAAAUAAUGAUGUGUAUCAAGACAUGUCACUUGAAAGUAAUUCGAUUGUCAAUGAUACGGUGGAUAUGUUGAGUAAACUACAUAGAGAUGAUGUUGAACCGAU